CACCCUCUUUUAAAAAGGAAACAUCACACACACCAGAUGCAAAUGUAGUAACUAACCAGACACUACAUCACAGUCACAACUGCCUCUGAUUUUCCGGCGAUAAUGCCGCCGGGAAUUAUAAAGAUCUUAUUUUUAUAAUCUUAUAAAGCUCAUUUUGUUCCGUACAACAAUGGCGGCACUCAAGCAGUCGACGAAUCAAGCCACGAUGACACGCGAGUUCAAGCAGAGAGUACUCACCUGCUUGAACAAGCUUUCUGAUAGAGAUACUUACUCGGCGGCGUCGGUGGAGCUGGAGUCGAUUGCGAGGACACUGAGUCAUGACUCGUUGUCGCCGUUUAUAUCGUCGAUUACGGCGACUGAUUCGGCGGAUAAGUCGCCGGUGAGGAAACAAUGUGUGAAGUUAGUUUCUCUGCUCUCGGAAUCUCACGGUAAUCUCCUCUCUCCGCAUCUGUCUAAGCUAAUUAGUUCUGUGAUUCGGCGCCUCCGCGAUAAUGACUCGGCGGUGCGAUCUGCUUGUGUCGCGGCGAUUGGUUCGAUUUCGUCGCACAUUACGAAGCCUCCGUUUACUUCGAUCGCGAAGCCGCUGAUUGACGCGUUGGUGACGGAGCAGGACUUGAACUCGCAGAUUGGCGCUGCGUUAUGCGUUGCGGCGGCGAUUGAUGGAGCUCCGGAUCCGGAUCCGGUGUUUCUGAAGCGGUUGUUGCCGAGAUUGGAGAAGUUGUUAAGGUCGGAGAGUUUUAAGGCGAAAGCCGCGUUGUUGACUGUUUUCGGCAGUGUGAUUGGAGCUAAUGGGAGUUUGAGUCAGCAAAUUGUGAGGAAUUUUGUCAAGUGUUUUGUUGAGUUUGUUGGUAGUGAGGAUUGGGCGGCGAGGAAGGCUGCUGCGGAGGCAUUGGUGAAGCUUGCGGUUGUGGAGAGGGAUGUGUUGCCGGAAUAUAAGGCUUCUUGUUUGAAGACAUUUGAGGCCAAACGACACGACAAGGUAAAAGUAGUGAGAGAGGCUAUGACUUUGAUGGUGGAAGCUUGGAGAGAGAUUCCAGAUGCACUUGAUGAGGUUUCACCGCUUUCCGAAUCUCAAUCUUCUUCGAAAGAAGUUCCUAGCAAUGGACGCUAUGCUCCUGGCCUUAAAUCUACUCGCUCAAUUAAUUCUAGACCUCCUCAGAUGAGCAAGAAUAAUGGUUUGCCUUUGCUUGAUUAUUCUUCCGCAGCAAUUGCCAGUAAAAGAAAUCCUCCAGAGUUCACUGAAAAGAAAACAGGCCCCGCUAUGUUUAGAAAGCUUGAUCGCAAAAAGCCUCCUAACCGGAAAAUUGAAACCGCAACUCCGGUUUCUGCAGUUGUUUCAGAGGAUUUUAAAUUUAGAAAUGAGAAAUUUUGCAACAAAGAUGGAGAGGAGAUCAAUAGAGUUACAAAGGUUGAAACUAGAAGGGAACUUUUCAGUAGGAACUCUGAGGAAAAUACACACAAUUUCGAUGGGUCUAAAGCUGGCUCAAGUUUGCAUCUUUGUGAUGAAGUUUCAGAUUAUGUGGCAAAAGCUAACAAUGUCGUCGGAAAUCAUCAUGGAAACCAUAAAGAGAGUGAGGAUCUACUCUUGAUUCGCAAGCAGCUUCUUCAAAUUGAAAACCAGCAAUCCACUUUGUUUGAUUUACUCCAGGGUUUUAUCGGGACAUCACAAAAUAGUAUGCGUUCCUUGGAAUCCCGAGUUCAUGGCUUGGAGCUGUCCUUGGAAGAGAUCUCGCUUGAUUUGGCAGUGUCAGCUGGAAGGAUAUCAGGUACUCGCUCUGCAGGGACUACAUGCUGCAAGCUGCCUGUUGCAGACUUUCUAUAUUCAAAGCUUUGGAGGAGAGCAGAAGGUAACAAUUCAGCCUCAACAGAGGCUAUUAGGCACAACAUGGCAAUUAAGAAUGGAAGCAAACUGGAGAAUAGAAGAGCACGUCUUCAGAACAGUAGUGGCUUCAUUGUCAAUCCUUUAGCAGAGGUCCAUGGCAACUCCCAAGGGAUAUCAGAGAUUGUCCAAAAUUCCACAUGACGUGCAUCAGCACAUCAUUUGCGUUGAAUAUGAUCAGGCAGGCUCUGUGUGCUGCAUCUGAAGCAGGGAGUUGCAAAAAUUACCGGAAGUCAAAACUCCGCUGCAAGUACAUCUGUACGAGCAGUAUCUGGACAAGCUUGUACUAAACUGUAUAGAAGCAGUAUUAAUAUCUAUCAUUCUAUGUCUAUCAUUUUAAUUGAUUAAGAUUUGGAAACUAAGGUUUGCUAUUUGCUACUUGACAACUUAUUUCAAGUCUUCCCCAGAGGCAUAUGUACAGAGAAACUUUUUCCAGGAAAAUAUAUCCACCAAUGGUUGUUUUA